AUGGGUGCUAGGAGUGAUAUUGCCUGCGACCUCGCGGAUCUUGUGGAACUCGAGAAAGACUUCUUUGAUCUCAUUGAGAUUGCAGCAGCCGACUACACUACUGUCGCUCAGAGUCACUCACUUGAGAAUGGCCAAUCGUACAAACCUUUGUAUGUCACCCCGGCGUGCGUCGACGUGAUACAGAAGUUUGAAAGAGAUUAUCUGCUGAGGCAGAUGUAUUGA